AUGUCCGCUCCUCUCGGGCCCCGAGGCGGGCCGGCCGCGGUGCUGCCGGACAUGCCGGACCUGAGCCACCUCACCGAGGAGGAGAGGAGGAUCAUCCUGGACGUGAUGGACCGUCAGCGGCGAGAGGAGGAGAAGGAGCAGUCCAUGCUGAAGAAGUUGCACCAGCAGUUCGAGUCGUAUAAGGACCAGGUGAAGAAGAUGGCGGACGAGGCCCAGACUGCCCCGGAGCAGAAGGGCGAGGCGCCCACCUGCGGAAUUUGCCACAAGACCAAGUUUGCCGAUGGCUGCGGCCACCUCUGUUCGUAUUGCCAAACCAAGUUCUGCGCCCGCUGCGGGGGACGGGUGUCACUCCGCUCCAACAAGGAGGACAAAGUGGUAAUGUGGGUAUGCAACUUGUGCCGAAAACAACAAGAAAUCCUCACCAAGUCCGGGGCCUGGUUCUUCAGUGGGUCAGGGGCUGCGUUGCCCCCAAGUGCGAGUGACCUCCGGGGUGUCUCACGCAGGCGCCACGAGGAAGCUCCUCAGGAGAAGAAAGCCAAACUGCAGGAGGCCCCACUCCUCUAUCAGGGGCCGGCAGGGGACCGAAGCAGGGCGCCAGGCCUCGCCCGCCAGCACUCCCUCGACAACGGCUCGGGGCUGAAGCCUGGUGAAAUUGCUGCCGACAGGAGGCAGGGGAUUGUGGGCAGUGUGUCAUGCGGAACGCCGCAGGGAAGGGCAGCGCAUUCCAUCAGUGGACCGAGACCUGCAGUUUCUGCCGGACCGGUUCAGCUGUUUGCUGCAGACCUGAACACAGGUGGAGUGUUCACUCGUGAAAACAGAUUGGGAUCGCGAUGCCUGAAGCAGCCCGGCUCGGCCAGCUGUGCUGCGGGAGCCCGGCAGGAGCAGCAGGGCGCUGGGCUGCGCUCCUCUUCUUCCCCUGGAGGUAGUCGCUCGCUCCGUCGGUCGGUUGAUGGAGGUGCGGGAGCUGAACCUGAAUCAUCGCUGAAGGAAGGAAGCGCUAAAGCACGCAAGAAGGAAGGAAGGGGGGAAUAA